AUGCUUCAAGGAAAGAUCAUUGAGCCCCUGUCACCACCGAGCUCUCCUCGCAUGUCUGCUCAAGACUACAAGCCAGCACUACCUGGUUGGCAAGCACAUCCGGAUCACCAACCGUCUUUCGGGCAGGGAUAUUCCCAUGCACCGAGCCAGUACCAGACUCCUCAGGAGCCUAUGCCAAACAGCCAUGUUCUGAGUGCACCCCAAGGACCCUCACUGAGGUCGUACAAGACAUCGCCAUACCCUCUCAAUGCUCAGUACUCGGCCGGUAGCACUGCUCCGGGUGCUUACGCACAACACGCUUCAUCAGAGGGCAAGCCUCACGCGACGUCUCAAGCCAAUACGGGACCUGGACAGCAGACUUUGGGUGAAUCUCUGCCUGGCAGCCCUUCAUCUCAUAUGAGCCCUCAUUCGCAAGGAAUCGACCCCGACGAUGAGAUUGCGGAUGAUGACGAUGAUGCGAGUGGAGAAGCAGACGACGGCGAGAACAAAGUUCCCAUGACGGCAGCCGAGAUCAGAAAUCAGAAGCGCAAGAUGAAGCGGUUUAGACUCACGCAUAACCAGACAAGAUUCCUGAUGAGCGAGUUCAGUCGUCAAGCUCAUCCUGAUGCUGCGCAUCGCGAGAGACUGUCGAGAGAGAUUCCUGGCCUCAGCCCGCGUCAGGUCCAGGUGUGGUUCCAGAACAGACGUGCGAAGCUGAAGCGCUUGACAGCCGAGGAUCGUGAGAGAAUGAUGAAGUCAAGAGCUCUACCUGACAACUUCGACAUGACACCCAGUCUGCACAACAACUAUGGCGCAGCUCCUGGAGGCAUCACACCGGGCGCCUCCCCUGCCAGUUACGGUACCGUCAUUCACCAGCCCGGACACAUUCGUCCAUUGACCCUCGACACCCUCCGCCGAGGAGACAUGGGACCUAGCUAUGUCAGCCCAACCGGCAUUCCGCCUGGUAUGACAUCCAUGGCAUAUACCCCUCCGCAUUCUGCCACCGACACCAUGUCUCCCGUCUCUAGACCGCCUGAAGGUGCUGCUUACGGAUACACUCCUCGAUCAAACGUGGAUAGCCCUCAAAGAGCCAUGUUCCCUGGACCUCCUCCAUCGUACACAAGCCAAUACUCCCAACCUCCCCGUCUUCCUGUCCAUGAUCGUUUCAGACGCGCAAGUGGAGAGACUGCAACCUCAUCUCCUCUGAGAUCCAGCAUGUCUUACGGCAGCUUGAGCGGCGAAAGCUCGCAACACCCUUCAGAGGCAAGAACUCCAGGACUCUCGGCAUCUGAAGGUCAGGGCUACAUCUCUCAACAAGAUGCGCAGAGGAACAUGCCUCCCCCAAGCGGCCCGUAUGGCUUGGGUCUCCCACCUUACGGCUUCCCCAGCUAUCAAUCGAGCGUACGCCCAGCUCAGCCGCCUACCAGCGGCGCUCCCAGCAUCGACAUGAUCAACGCCUACCACAGAGACAGCCAACAACUUCUCAGCCAACACCCCUCGUCCUUCCCCGAAUACCAACAGUACCACAACCCGACUCCUUACUCCACGCCUCAAAUGCCCCACUAUGCCAACUUCAGCAACCAAUUCGCCCCCUCCUCCUCGUACUCGGGCCCAUACAUGCAGCGUUCGGAGCAGCAGCAGCAAGCACAGCCUCAGCAGCCCAACCACCACCAGCCUCAAGCGCAGCAACCUCCUGCUCCCGUGGCGCCUGGUAUCGCACAGCGUCCCUCAUACCCCGGACAGCGCAGCAAUGAAUCUGAGGGCGAACACAGCGAUGGCGGUGUUCCCAUUACAUCUUCUUACUAG